AUGGCUCUCUCUCUCUGCAACUCAAAAUCACCAACCCAUUUCCAAAUCCAACAUUCACAACCAAUUCUCUUCUUAUUUCUACUCUUCCCUUUUGCAAACUCUAUUUCCUUCAACUUUCCAAAUUUCAACCCAAAUGACCCAGACAUAUACUACCAAGGGGAUGCAUUUGAAGCCAGCGAAGUAAUCCAACUCACAAAGAACCAAGCCGACGGUUCCCUCUCAUUUAGUGUCGGACGGGCCACGUACGCGCAGGCCAUGCACCUAUGGGACUCCGAGACCGGAAACUUUACAGACUUCAACACUCAAUUCACUUUCAACAUAAGAGCACUUAACCUCAGCACUGCCGGCGAUGGACUCGCCUUCUUCCUUUCUCCCUUCGAUGCUACAAUCCCUGACGAUUCUUCCGGAGGAUGUCUUGGUCUUUUUGACAACUCCCUUGCCUUCAAUCAUACCAACAAUCAGAUUGUGGCCGUUGAGUUUGAUUCUUUUAAAAAUACUUGGGAUCCAAGCGCGGACCAUGUUGGUAUCGAUAUCAACUCCAUCGUCUCUGUGGCCAAUGUCACGUGGAAUACAAGUAUGAAGAACGGAACAACAGCAAAUGCUUGGGUGAAUUAUAAUUCUACUACAACAACUUUGAGUGUCUAUCUAACUUACGCGGAGAAUCCUGUUUUCCAAGGGAAUUAUAGCCUUUCCUAUGUUGUUAAUUUUACGAAAGUUUUGCCUGAAUGGGUUAGUGUUGGUUUUUCGGCUGCUACGGGCGAUUGGACAGAAAUACAUAAUAUUGUUUCUUGGAGCUUCAAUUCAACCUUAGGGGGAUCCCACAAUUCAACCCCUGGAGGAUCCAACAAUUCAAUCUCAGGGCCCCCGCCCCCGCCCCCGCCCUCAACCUCCAACAAUUCAACCAUAGGGCCCCCGCCCUCAACGGGUACGGGUCUCUCCACGGGUAUGGGUCAUAAGAUUAUCCCACGUCUGGUGAUUGGUUUGGCUAUGAUUAUUGGUACCUUAAGUUGUGGAGUUGGCUUGUUUUGGUUCAUGAAGUGGCAAAAAAUUAAUUCGCGGGGAAACAAUGAAAUGGGCAUUGAUGCUUCUACUGAUGAUGAUGACGACUUUGAGAAAGGCACGGGGCCAAGGAGAUUCACGUUCCAUGAACUAAGUCACGCAACAAACAAUUUUUUCGAGGGGGGAAAGCUCGGACAAGGUGGAUUUGGAGGUGUUUACAAGGGUGUGUUAAGUGGUACUCAAGAAGAAAUAGCCGUGAAGCGCAUCUCCAAAGGGUCAAAGCAAGGGAAAAAAGAAUUCAAAUCAGAAGUGAAGACCAUUAGUCGGUUGAGACAUCGGAAUUUGGUUCAGCUCAUUGGUUGGUGCCAUGAACGAGGAGAGUUCCUUCUCAUCUACGAGUUCAUGCCUAACGGGAGCCUCGAUAACCAUCUUUUCGAUGGCAAAUCCAAGCUAAGAUGGACAGUGAGGUACAAAAUAGCCCUUGACUUGGCUUCUGCCAUCCUUUAUCUUCACGAAGAGUGGGAGCAAUGUGUGGUUCAUAGAGACAUCAAGUCGAGUAAUAUCAUGUUGGACUCAAACUACAAUGCCAAGCUAGGCGAUUUUGGCUUGGCUAGGCUUGUGGACCAUGAGUCUGGCUUAGAAACAACCGUCAUGGCUGGCACCAUGGGGUACCUCGCUCCAGAGUGUGUCAGCACAGGCAAAGCAAGUAAAGAAUCGGAUAUCUUUAGCUUCGGUAUUGUUGCCCUUGAAAUAGCAUGUGGAAGAAAGCCGGUGGAGCGCAAUAGGAAUUUGGGUGAGGUAGUACUACUAGAGUGGGUUUGGAGCCUCUAUGGGAAAGGACAACUCUUUGAAGCUAUUGAUAAGGAUCUCACAAUGGAGUACGAUAAACAUCAAGUAGAGCGGUUAAUGUUGGUUGGGUUAUGGUGUUGCUACCCUGACUUCAAACUCCGACCAUCCAUAAGGCAAGCGAUCAACAGUCUUAAAUUUGAAGCUCCAUUGCCUGUUCUGCCAUCACAAAUGCCGGUACCUGUAUAUUUUUCACCUUCCAUGUGCAUGCCUAGCUAUACAUCAUCGGUUGUGACCACAGAUUCCGACAUUAAUGGUCGGAUUCAAUGUUCAAGUAGCAGUCAUGCUCGCAGUAACUAUUCAUCAGUUUCAGUUGAAUCUUCUAAAGCUCCCUUGCUAUUGCAUGAAGAUAACGAAGAGAGCAUCCUUCUAUAAUUUCUUUCUCACUUGAAAGAGGGGAUGAUUGAGGUAUAUUCUAAUAGCAGGAUUGUUAGAUGCACUGUAAAGUACUGCUAAGUUUGUUUGUUUUUUUUUUUUUUUCUUUUUUCUGUGAUUUAGUAAUAAGAGUACAAUGUUCUCUUUUUUUUUUUUU